AGGGGGGCGGGGCCGUGUCUACUUCUCCGCUGCCUGGGCGUGCUGCGUCCUGGCGGGCAAGAUGUCGGCUGCGCGAGUGCCGGAACUGAAGCAGAUCAGCCGCGGGGAGGCUAUGCGUCUCGGGCCCGGCUGGAGCCACUCUUGCCACGCCAUGCUGUAUGCAGCCAAUCCCGGACAGUUGUUCGGGCGGAUCCCUAUGCGCUUCUCGGUUCUGAUGCAGAUGCGCUUUGAUGGGCUCCUUGGCUUCCCUGGGGGGUUUGUGGAUCGUCGGUACUGGUCCCUGGAAGACGGGCUAAAUCGGGUGCUGGGCUUGGGCUUGGGCUACCUGCGCCUCACGGAAGCCGACUACCUGAGCUCCCACCUGACGGAGGGUCCGCACCGCGUCGUGGCCCACCUGUACGCCCGGCAGCUCACGCUGGAGGAGUUGCACGCGGUGGAGAUCAGUGCGGUGCACUCCCGGGACCACGGGCUAGAGGUGCUGGGCCUGGUCCGGGUUCCCCUGUACACCCAGAAGGAUCGAGUUGGUGGGUUCCCCAACUUCCUUAGCAAUGCCUUCAUCAGCACUGCCAAGCACCAGCUGCUCUUUGCCCUGAAGGUGCUGAACAUGAUGCCUGAGGAUAAGCUGGCUGAGGCCUUGGCUGCUGCUACUGAAAAACAGAAAAAAGCCUUGGAGCAACAACAGACAGCUUCAUCAUGAAGCUAUAAAUCUCCAUCCCUUAGGCUGGGUUUUCUCUCCCUAUCUCUUUUCCCUGCCCCAUCUUUUUUCCAAAUUUUCUAUGCUCCAGGGGCUGAGAAAAGACUUGAGAUAAUUCAUUAUCCUUUAGAGGUGUGGGGUUUCUCCCAUUACUCCCUCCCUUCCCUCUCCCCCAGUGACUGAAAAGGAGUGCCUUUCAUUCCUGUCUUCAACCUGUGCAUAGUCCUUUUUUUGGCCUCAUUGCAAAGCAACAGCAGCAGCACUUGAGGUUUGUGUAGAGAGAUAUAUAAAGGUCACAGGGUAAGGAGCAACACCUGUCCAAGGUUUUGAGUGACCCGUUUAUUAGCACUAGCUUCAGUGUUUGGCCUUUGGGGUCAAGGUCAAGACCUUAACAUUUCUCUGCAUGAAUCUUUUGUUUUGAGAGGCAGUUGUGAGUUUGGUUCGGGCCCCAGAUAUAAUGGUGUUCUGGUUAGAAAGGUUCCUUAAUUCUCAAGGAUGCUUUUGGUUACAUUGACAUAUUCAUGUUUGUUCCAUUUCCUCAGCCCAGAGAGAAGAGAAGGAAUCAAGGUUUUGGUGGGAUGUGGCCCGGGGCUUUUUUGGUUCUCUUUCCUUAUUUUGGAAUUGUUAGGUUUUGAUGUGGAAUAUGGGGUUUUAAAGUACCUUGUACCUUUAAAGUAACUUUUACCUUGCCUCUGCCUAUUUUGAAAGAGCUUUAGGCUGACUGGGGUGGAUAGGGGGUGCUUCUUCCCUGAAAGACUGGGAAGACUGGGAAAGGGGUAAGGCUUGGGAGUGUGUGUGUGUGUGUGCAGCCUGCCACUUUCACUCUCCCUCAAAUGCAAAUCUGAGCAGGAAAGACAAUAAAGUAGCUUGACAGCUCUUCAGUGUGGCCUCCUUUUAUCUUCAGCAUAGGGGAUGCUAGAGUUCCCAUCCCUGGGAUCCUGGCACUAUUUCUAGCUGAGUGUGCCAAAGGUUAGGGGAUAAGUUUGUGAAGAUGCUAUGUUUUCUUAGGAUUGGACUAAGUAGUCAUCACUGAGUCAUCCACAUCCUUUCAAAUCGCUGGAAGUGUGUAUUUUUAAGAAAGCUGACUAGGACUGUGGGGGAAGUAUAGCUUUGGACUUAAGAGUUUUUGUUCAGAGCUGGCUCUAUCAAACCUGUGAUCUUGGCUCUAUCAGGUGAAAUAAUGCUUUGUCUCUGGGACUCUGAUGGUGAGAGAACUUAGCCAGGUGACAAAGAAAGAAAGGCUCUGUUGUCUUACAGUUUUGAGUAGGGAGAAAUGAGAAUUGGGUUGUGCUGAUACAUUCACUUGCUUAUGAGAAGUUGGGUACUGGGUUCAGGACAUUUUAAGAGGGUUAUGGUGUAGGCCUGACAUUUCUGCAUGCUUGGCAAUCCUAAUGACUUCUGUAUUGGACUUUGAAGGCAUCUGUUAAUUAAAUCUCAGUCUUCCUUUCCUCAUACUGACCAAGCUGAAAAGAGGGGGAAUAGCCAGAGCUAUUGUGACUGUUCUAUCUGUUCAAGGCCAGUGACCAUCAGCUUUUCUGUAGUUAUAACACUCUCAUUUAGUUUUAGAAUGUUUCUUUUACCUCCCCCCUCUCCCUCCUCUUCACACUUAAACCAAACAAACUCAAAUCCUACAGACUGUACCAUAUUUAUUUUUUAAGUUGUAGUAAAAUCUAAUUCUGUGAAAACUCUGGAACGAAGUAGGGAGUUGACUAGGCUUGCAAAAAGUAGCUUAAGGCAUCAUUGCACUGGGCAAAUGCCAACUGCAAAAUAAGGCUAGAAAAAAUGGUCACUUAGAGAACUAAGCAAAAAAGGGCCACAGCUAAGGCGAUUCAGAAUGCACAAGCAGAGGGAUUGGAUUCUCAGCCUCAUUAUCAUUUAUUGGGUAGUGUGAUCUAGACAAAAAGGAAAGUCAUGUGGCCCCAACAAAGCCAACCGAUUUUUCCUAGGCUGGUGGUAGGAGACCUAUUACAACUCAGGAAGUUUUCUCCAGUGGGGAAAGAUAAAUCUAAAGUAAUGACAGUUACUAGAAAGCUAGAUAACAGUAGACCCAAUUGAGAGAAAUACUUAUGUGUAACUAGGUACCCCAGAUGGGAACUAUCCUAUGUUAGUUUAACAUAACUUAAAUUGUGGGGGCAGAAAGUAGCCAUGAUGAGUUUUCACAUGUAAUGAGGAAUAAGGAACAGAGAAGGGGGGGGCGGGGUAGGUGGCAUUUAUUACAUGCCAAGAACCACAAAAAUAUAAAGACAAGUACUAGGGUUGGACUAAUAGGCUCACAAAGAGACUCCAGGCCAUGUAGUAGUUUCUAGUUUAUUGUGGCUGGGUGACCGUGAAGCUGUACGACACUGUGAACACAGCUCCAGGCUCACAUCUUUCCUCACUAUUCCCUUUAAAAGAUUGGCUUCAGUUUUGCAGAGAUGUAGUUCUGAGACCCUGAACAUGUCCUUGGGGUUUGGUUUAGCUCACAGCAUGGGUAAGUCAGUGUGUUGAGGUGCAGCCUCAGCCUGAGAGGGGGAAGCCAAGAGAGCCUUAUGUCAGCCUCAGGGCUGACAUAAGAAUUUACAAGUUUUGUAAAAAAAAAAAAAAUGGUGGUCCUAUCUGCCUACUUAAUAAAAUAAUUUUUCCUUGGA